UCCGCAAUUUUUUUUCUUCACACAGAAAAGAGGGGGAGUGCGUGUGUGACAGAGAGAAGGGUCAGCGAGAGAUUGGUGCUGGGAAGGAAAUCCCCUCACCACUUCAGAAAAGUUGCUGGUUUUUAAGAAACUAACGUUGGAAGAUCAACGGUUUUGGAUACAUCUACCUCUUUUCCCAAACACGUUGACCGAGGACGAAAGAGAAAGCGACGCGAUUAAGAGAAUGGGGACCGGAAUUCAACGCAGACUCUGCUUGCUGUGGAGUUGUCUGUUGAUCAGUAUAUCUCUGACUCGAGCAGAAAAGCAGGUGACUGGCAGAAAGUCUCGUCAGGCCCCUGAACGAGAGGGGCAGGAGGGGGUGUGGGGUCCAUGGAGCACCUGGACCGACUGCUCUCAAAGCUGCGGCAUAGGGGUGUCAGAGAGGCGGAGACAAUGCCUGGCCCCGCCCCACAUCCCUCAGAAUUGGGGGGCUUCUUCCUUUUUGCCCCCGGGUCUCCCAAACCACACCCCCGUUAUUUCUGCGAUACGCCCGUACUACCCCUCGCAGUUUCCCUUGUCUGACCCAUCCCAGUUCGGAGGUGGUGAGAGGCCACCUUUUUACCCCCCUCCGUCGGUGAGCAAUCAGAAUGCGGGGAUAUCCAUCUACAGGAACAAUCACGGAGCAGCUGCCGUGGAUCGGUCCAGUCAGGGGGCUCCGUUGUAUCGGCCAGAAUUCACCCCACCCAAUCAGGAUCCAGUCUCCAUUUACCACCCCCCUUCAUUCCCCUCUUCCUCACUUGGCUAUGGUCAGACAAGAAGGCCCUCCAGGCGGCCAGCCAAUCAGGGGUCAGGCAGAACUGGAGGGGGUGGGAGCAGGAGGUCAGUGGCAUCCAGCAGAGAUGCUGCGUCUUCGAGAAGAUCCUCUUCCUCCGGCUCUGCUAUUCGUCCGGGCCAGUUUGGCUAUGGCAGGGUGCCCUUCUCUCUGCCCCUGCAUCGGCCAAACCGGAACGCGCGCCACACCGCCCAUGGGGACAACAGCACCACAGCUGGCCCUGAGCUGGAGGAAGCGGGGCGAGAGGGGGUGGUCAGCAUGGGCAGUGGCACGGAUGAGGCCAAAGCUGAUAGACAAAGACAGGGUGAGGGAAGGAGAGAAGGAGAGAUAGAGCAUAGGGACAGAGAGGAGGGGGAAGGACAGGACGGGGAUGUAAAGGGCGACAGAGAGACGGCCGAGCUGGGAGAAAGGGAAGAGGGUAACAGGGUCGCUGGAGAGGGCACCGUUGCGCCGACAGCCAAAGCGGCACCAACAGAGAGAGCCAGAACCACAGACACAGUGCCAGAUAGACACUCAGAGAGAGAGACGCGCAGCCAGACCAACAUAAACACAGACACUGAGAGCCCCAGACACACAGACAGACCCACAGACAGGAACCUCGGCAGACAAACAGAAAGAGAUAGGGCUACACAUUCUGGCACUCAUACACCCAGACUCUUGCAAACAAACCGUGAAAGACAAAUUGACAGACGGGCCCCUCCUCCCGUCUCUCGCCCCUUCUCUCCACCUAUCAACCGCUUUGUGCCUCAUGCAGAGCCCCCCUACAGCUAUUCUGCCUCUCUGCCCCAGCCUCGCAGCCCACAGCUACCCCCAGGCCCCCACAACCCCGACAUCUGGCUCCUGCAGCCUCCUCUCCCUGGCGGAGAGAGAGAAGGGGGGCCACUAAGAGGGCCAGCUGGGGCCAGCUGGGGGCCCCAUGUACUCCCCCAAAACUUCAAGUGCGUUGGGGCAGAGAAAGAGUACCGGAGGUGCACUACACAGCCAUGCCCGGGUCGCGCCGUGGACCCCAGAGCGGAGCAGUGCUCAGCCUUCGACAGCCAGGAGUUCAUGGGCAGACUGUACACCUGGGAGCCCUUUAACGAAGUGGGACAGGAGCAGCAGUGUGAGCUCACCUGCAGACCAGCAGGUUACAGGUUCUACGUUCGCCAGGCCGAGGCAGUGAGGGACGGCACGCCCUGCGCCAACAACACCGCCAAUGACGUCUGCGUGGGGGGACGCUGCCUGAGUGAGGGCUGCGAUGGCGUGCUGGGGUCGGGUCUGGUGCGGGACAGAUGCGGGGUGUGCGGAGGGCGAGACGCAUCCUGUCGCCGGGUGACGGGAAGCUUCCUCAACACCACCGUGCCCCUGGGGUACCACCGCAUCCUGGACAUCCCCCUGGGAGCCACCGCCAUCAACAUCACGGAAAGACGGUCGAGCCCCAACUACCUGGCUCUGCGCAGUGGCACUGGGCAGUCGGUGGUGAAUGGGCGUUGGGCGGUGGACCCCCCAGGGGAGUACCAAGCGGGGGGUACCACCUUCACCUACAGCCGCCCCAGGGCUGGGCCGGAGGGGCAGGAAGAGGGAACAGGGGAGAAGUUAACUGCCCCUGGCCCCACCACCACCCUGCUUCAGCUGUAUAUAAUAUAUCACAAGCAGAACCCCGGGAUUGACUAUGAGUUCUAUAUCCCUGUGGAGAAGAAGGAGGCAGAGAGGGAGAAUGCCAAAGAAAGAGAUGGAAGAAUCCUACCCCUCAGAGACAUCAGUGCUCUCACUCUGGCGGCGGAAGACCCCCUUUCUCCUCCUCCUGCCCCGGCCUCCGCCGUCUCAGAAAGGAGGUCGUCGCCUGAGAGACCCCGCCCCCAGGGCUCCGCGCCCAACCGCAACGCUCGGAUCCCCCCACGCACUGACAUCCCACUUGACACCCAGCGUCCCUUUGUGUGGCGGAGGGGCGAGCUCACAGAGUGUUCUGCUUCCUGUGGCAAAGGCUUUCAGCACAGGGUGGUUCUCUGUGUCAAUCGCCACACCGAACAGGAAGUCCCUGAGAGGAAGUGUGACUCAGCCACAAAGCCUGCUCCAGAGGAAGAGCCCUGCAACGUCCAUCCUUGUCCACCGUUCUGGGAGGCGGGGGGCUGGUCGGAGUGCAGCGUCUCCUGCGGGUGGGGGGUCCAGCAGAGGCAGCUCCAGUGCCGACAGAGUUUUGGGAACCGCUCCACCAUGGUGCACCCCCAGCGAUGCUCCCUCCUGCCCCGCCCCAACGCCACCCAGCCCUGCCACCUACGAGUCUGCUCCCACUGGGAGAUCCGCACCAACUGGAGCUCCUGCUCCGUGGAUUGUGGGAUGGGAAAGAGGACUCGGAAUGUCCGCUGCGUCAGUAACCAGGGCAGCGUCGUGAAUGACAGGGAGUGCAACGCCAGGCUUCGCCCACAGGGCAGUGAGGAUUGUCACAUGGGACCUUGUAUCACAAACUGGUAUUUUACUGAGUGGACCAACAUGUGUUCAGCGCAGUGUGGGCCUGGAGUUCAGCGGAGGGAGGUGGUAUGUCUGACGAGUGGGGGAGGAAGGGAGGGAGAAGGAGGAGGAGACUGCACGGGAGAGAAGCCGGCAGACAUGAAGGCCUGCAAUGGAGGUCCCUGUGAGGCCAUCACCCUGUGGUACACUGGACCCUGGGGACAGUGCAGUGCUGCAUGCGGAAAUGGCACUCAGCGACGUGAUAUCAUCUGUGUUCAGAAGCUGGGGAAUGAUUUUAGUGUGGCACCAGCAAGCCAGUGUGCGCACCUGGAAAAGCCUUCCCCUGUCCAGACUUGUGAAAUGGGACCAUGCCGCCCACAGUGGUUCACUACGGAGUGGAGUGUGUGUUCACGUUCGUGUGGGACAGGAGUUCAAACAAGGGAAGUGCGAUGUCUCACAGCAGACAAAGAGUACAGUCCUAAGUGCGACCUUAAUGCCAAACCAGAGCAAGAGCAGACUUGCAACACGCUACCAUGCAGCCCACUGGUUCCAGAUGAGAAUUGCAGAGACAGGCGUCACAACUGUGUGAUGGUGGUCCAGGCGCGUCUGUGUGUGUACUCCUAUUACAAGACGGCUUGCUGUGCCUCCUGCACUCAGAGUGCCCAAAGAGCCAAGAGGCACUGAACUCACCACAGGGAAGCAACAGCAACUCACCAGUCUCCACUCAACAAUGCAAGGGGAGGCCAGGAACAUGGCACCAGCAUGCAAAGACAUGCCGUGAACAUACCAAGUACACAAAACUGGUAUAAAGCAAGACUAGCUAAUGUGGAAAACGUGGUAAGAACAUACUGUUAAAAAAGUAACAGUUUGUGCAUGCCAAAAAAAAGUUUAAAUUAUUUUCCUCUUCCAUGUCUUGAAUAUUUGGAACCCACACCAAAAUGUGAAACAGCGUGGUAGAAGCACGUUGAAAUGGUGCCAGAGAACAAAGAGCCAUCAAUGUGCCAAAAGUGGAAAUAUAAUUAUGCCAAACCUGUUUAAAAGCCCAAGACAUGUAAACGUAUAGGAAACACUUUCCAGAUGUUAACCCAAUAAAUGACGCACUUGGCACGACACACAGGUACUGCACUUCCAGAUAUAUUUGCAUUGGCAAGUUAGGAGAUCACACCAUUGUUACCAGUUUAAUACCUGUAUGUUGGUGAAUUCAAGUGUAGUGUAUGUGAAUACAGGCCCAGGCAUAUAGUAACAAACCAAAUUUGUACCAACUGUUACUGACUUGGAAACUAACAUUUGUUGUUUGUAUUAUAAAAAAUAGGUUUUGAUAAUGAAUGAAAAAGUCCUGCGGUUACAGAGGAAAGGAAACUGUGAUGCAACUAGCUAGAUAGUUAAAAAAAAGAGGAGAUUCCACUCACAAGAGCCAAAUUGGAACAUUAGGUGAUACCUCUAAUUGAAAAAGACAUCUGGUCUUGUGCAACAUGAAUUCAGCAAGAAUGUUCUGGAAAACUAAGGAACAUUCCAGAAGGAACAUGAAAGGGCUAGGCCCCACCUGCAGUCCCUCAGAACAUCGGCAUCCUGACGCAUUUGGUCAGCAUGUACUUUCAGCCAAAAAAAAUUGCCAUUUUGUUUCGAUUCAGAAAAUACCCUUAAAUUUAAAGCUUGCAAAUAUUUGCAAACUCCAGUAUUUUUUAUGGCAGUCACAAAAACAAUGGAAUUAGCACAUUGUUGAAACCAGCAUAAUUAUGUUUACAAUCAAAGCGCAAAAAAAA